GUUAGAAGGCCACCCAUACGCGGCCAUUGCCAUUGCCAUUCCCACUGCCAAUACCUGCGCAAGAUAAAGAGCCUGGCACCGUGGCUUGAUUGCUCAGUUGAUUCUUUGUAGCUCCACUGUUCUUCCUUGAAACCCUUCCUUCUGCCCUUGGUAGGAUCCCGUCCAAGAAAUUUGAUCUACUCGCUCAUUGGUUCCCGUGUGGAAGUUCAAUAGAGACUUAAUUAGUCUACUUCGUUUUUCUUGAGCCCCCGCCAUGGCUUGCCACCUUCAGAAACCGUUUGUCUUCGGGACUCACGAGUCGUGCCGAUUCGUCACCCGACCUCUAGUUAAUCGCGCUCUCAAAUCGGCGCGUCGAUCCUCCUCUCGCCAGCCAUUCGCCGUCACCACUCGCAGCCAAGGUGACGCGCACUGCAACUCAACAGCCAAUGAAAUCGUGCCAGCAGAGCGCGCAAUCCCUCUCAUCCGCGCCACGUCAGCAACCCCGGCCGUGUCGGGGGCACAAUGGGAGCAGCAGGCACUAUUCGUGGACGGAAAGCGCAGCGCAGGUGCAUCUCAUUGGCGGAAGCAGGUGCGGGGAUUCGUCGAGGAAGACGCCGCGCAACGCGGGACCGGCGGGGACCAGAGCGACGCGGAUUCGAAGCGCGCCGAGCUCGAGGCAGGAUGGCAGAGCGCUUCUGAGGGACUGAUGCCGCCAAUGACGGCGCCAAAUGCGGCGCCAGGCCCGGCGAUAAGCGGUGUUCCUAGCGACGAGUUCGCGUGCACGCUCGCCGGAUGCACCACCAUCCACAGCAACGUCGGAUCCAUGCGCAGACUCGGAAACCUCUCCGAAACUUCCUUCAGAGCGGCUCCACCGCAGCCCGCCGAAUUGCGACCGGUGCAGAGCGGUGUCAAGGGGUUCAACCUGGGGCAGUUCCUGUCGCAGAUGCUGCCGUACGUGGUGGUGGCGACGGCCGUGUCGGCGCUGUCAUACCCGGCGACGUUCUCGUGGUUCAGCAAGCGGUACUACGCGCCGGCCCUGGGCGGCAUCAUGCUCUCCAUCGGCGUGCAGCUGUCCGUCCAAGACUUCAAAGCCGCCAUCGAAAAGCCUAUCCCCGUCCUCCUGGGUCUCCUAGUGCAGUACGCCGUCAAGCCGCUCAUCGCGGCCGCCAUAGCCGCCACCUUCCGCCUGCCCCCCGCCUUCGCCGCGGGCUUCCUCCUCACCGCCAGCGUGUCCGGCGCGCAGCUCUCCAGCUACGCGUCCUACCUGGCCAAGGCUGACGUGGCGCUCUGCAUCGUGCUGACGAGCCUGAGCACCUUCGCCUCCGUGGCACUCACGCCCAUCCUCACCUCGCUCCUGAUCGGCUCCGCCGUCCCCGUGGACCUCCUCGCCAUGUCAAAAUCCAUCCUCCAAGUCGUCAUCCUCCCAGUCUCCCUCGGGCUUAUCCUAAACACCUACGCGCGGAAAUUCGUGGACCGGAUUCGGCCCAUCAUGCCGCUGCUCGCCAUAGUGUGCACGUCGCUCUGCAUCGGCAGUCCCUUGGCCAUCAACCGGUCGCAGAUCAUCAGCCUGAGCGGCGCCAUGCUCCUCCCGCCCGUCCUCGCCUUCCACCUCGCGUCCUUCGCCGCCGGCUUCUGGACCGCGAAGCUUCCUGGAAUGGGGCAGAGCGAUGACGUGGCGAGGACGUUGUCGCUGUGUGGUGGCAUGCAGAGCAGCACGCUGGCCAUGCUGCUGGCGUCGCAGUUUCUUGGCUCCACCCACACUGUGCCCGCGUCGGUCUCUGUGGUGCUCAUGUCUAUUAUAGGGCUCAGCCUUGGAAGCUUCUGGGGGUCCGGAAGGAAGCUUCUGGACUGGAACUUUGCUGGGGCGUUUGCUGGGCCUCAGGCGUUUGCUGCUCCUGCUGAGGCAUAGACAUGGCCCAUGGGUUCUGCUGCCAUGGUGAAUGAUAGCUGGUGCGACUGUGAAGGAAAGGUGUUUGGCAAGCAUAGGAGAGUAGGGCUCAGCGCCUGCCAGCUAGUGGGUGGCCAGGCCAUUGUUCACGCAUGGGUCUGCUUGCAAACCUUGCAGCCAUGUACAUAUAAUCGGAUUUAGUUCAAUUCGAUC